CUCAACUUGAUUCACUGAUAUAUCCACGUGAUUUCAUUUCUUUCUUCUCUUGUUGACACACUUUCCACUUCCUCUCUCUUUUCUCUCGCGGUUCCUCUCUCUCUCUAGAACAACAACCGCGACUUCGUCAGAGUGAAAACUUCGAUUAAUGUCAGGGAAAAAGAAGAGGAAGUUGAAAUUGUUAAGUGAUACCAUCGCUAACAGCAAAAGAGGAGAAACAGAGGUGAAAAAUGAUAAUUUGGAGUUGCAAACAUGGUCUGAUCUCCCUGCGGAGCUUUUAGAAAUAAUCAUGUGUAGUUUAGCACUAGACGAUAAUGUUCGUGCGUCUGUUGUUUGCAAGAGUUGGAAUUCUGUUGCCAAUGCUGUACGGGUGGUUAACCAAUCACCGUGGUUAAUGUAUUUUCCAAAAUUUGGUCAGUGGUAUGAAUUCUAUGACCCUGUGCAGCGGAAGACGUAUUCCCUGGAGUUUUCAGAGCUGAAUGGAUCUAGAGUUUGUUAUACAAAAGAUGGUUGGUUACUGCUAUACCGGCCAAGAACUGACCGAGUGUUUUUCUUUAAUCCCUUUACUCGGGAGAUUAUCAAAAUGCCAAGAUUUGAGAUGACAUACCAGAUAGUUGCUUUUUCCUGUGCUCCAACAUCACCUGACUGCGUGCUGUUCACUGUUAAGCAUGUUAGUCCUACUGUUGUGGCCAUCAGCACAUGUCACCCUGGGGCAACUGAGUGGACAACUGUUAAUUACCAAAACCGCUUGCCCUUUGUCAGUAGCAUAUGGAAUAAGCUUGUGUUUUGUAAUGGACUUUUUUAUUGCCUGAGUCUAACCGGUUGGUUAGGGGUAUUUGAUCCAUCUGAGCGGACUUGGAGUGUUCUAUCAGUACCUCCACCCAAAUGCCCAGAGAAUUUUUUUGCCAAAAAUUGGUGGAAGGGGAAAUUUAUGACCGAGCAAGAAGGAGAUGUUAUUGUAAUUUAUACAUGUUCUAGUGAAAACCCUAUUAUUUUCAAGUUAGAUCAGACAUUAAUGGAAUGGGAAGAGCUAAAAACACUAGAUGGAGCAACUCUUUUUGCUAGUUUUUUGUCUUCUCAUUCAAGGACUGACCUCUCUGGAAUAAUGAGGAACAGUAUCUACUUUUCUAAAGUUCGUUUUUAUGGAAAGCGUUGUGUAUCAUUCUCUCUUGACGACUAUCGUUACUAUCCUCGUAAGCAGUGGCAUGACUGGGGCGAACAAGACCCUUUUGAAAGCAUAUGGAUUGAACCACCAAAGGACUUCUCCGGAUUCACAUGAAGAAUUUUAGUGAAACAAUAAUGUGUAGAGUUUCUGAGUUCCUAGGUUUGAGGUGUAGCAGAAUAGCAGUUAAAACUCAUUUGAAGCAUGCCAAAUGCAGCAUCUUUACGGGCUGUACAGAGGAGGCGACUACCCCCUCGCCCCUUGAUUAUCUUGUCUCCUUAUAUAAAAAUUUCAUGAUUGUAUGAUUGUUAGGUACGGGGCACAACGACGAUGUAGUGCUUAUAUGCAAUACAACUGGAGAUCAUACAAUGAGUACUGGUUACUUACAGUCUUGUUAAAAUUUGUUUUGGACAUAUGAUCUAUAGAUUCAUAUUGGUGGCUAUUCACCUUCCAUUUUC